CUUCUACCUCCAGGCUGAUGUGUUACUAUAACAGCAAGGCAGCAGACAGACCAGCUGUGGGGAAGUUCAGAGUUUCAGAUAUUGAUCCAGACAAAUGCACCCAUCUGAUUUUUGGCUUUUCUGACAUAAUUGAAAAUGAGCUGGUUCCCACAACUGUAAAUGAUGUUCAGCAGUACUUUGGGUUUAACGCACUCAAACAAAGAAAUCCACUUCUGAAAACCCUGUUGGCUGUUGGUGGAGAGAAGUUUGGGACAGAAAAAUUCAGGACAAUGGCGGGAUCACAAAAGAACAGAGAAGUGUUCAUCCAGUCUGUAAUCAGACUACUCAGAGCAUUCAAUUUUGAUGGGCUAGACGUAGACUGGAGGUACCCAGCUGAAGAGGACAAGCAGAGAUUCACAGAGCUUUGCAAGGUCAGAUCCUUAAUAUCUCCUCUGGAACCGGCAUUUUCAGAAAAAAGCCAUACUGCAAAUCCUUUGUCGAUGAAGGAACUUCGACUCUCUGCUGAGAGGUCAACCAUCGAUGCUAGCUAUGAAGUGGAAGAAAUUGCCAUGCACCUGGAUUUCAUCAACGUGUUGACGUUUGACUUCCACGGCCCCUGGGAAAGUGUGACAGCACAUCACAGCCCCUUAUUCCAGGGAUCCCAAGACACUGGAGAUGCGAUCUACUCUAACACUGUAAGCAAGGGCCUUGCCUUAGAGUACUGGCGGGACCAGGGAGCACCUGAAGAAAAACUGAACAUGGGGCUUGGAGCUUUUGGACGAGCUUUUUCCCUGUCCUCUAAUUCAAGCGCUGUCGGUGCACCAGCCAGUGGUCCUGGUGAGGAAGGCUGCUACACCGGUGAAGAAGGAUUCUGGGCCUCUUAUGAGACUUGCCUUUAUCUAGAUGGGGUACAAACCCAUCUUAUUUCUGAUCAGAAAGUUCCAUAUGCCACAACAGAAAAUCAGUGGGUUGGAUUUGACGACACCACCAGUAUAAGUACCAAGAUCAAUUACCUCAAAGCAAACGAAUUCGGAGGGGCCUUUGUCUGGUCUCUGGACCUGGAUGACUUCAGAGGAGAGUUCUGUAACCGGGGCAAGUGCCCAUUCGUUAGCCAACUACAUAAUCUGCUAGUAUCAGGAAAGCAGCUUAUUCCUCACAAAAGCUAA